AUGCACGUUGUACCAUACCUCUCCCUGGCCGCUGGGGCCAUGGCCGUUGCCGUCGGCCGUUCCACCGAGUACGACUGCGUUCUCGCCAACCGUCGGGAGAUGGUAUCGGAUGCCGGCUGCGGCGACCACUCGGCGUUGAUGGCGUGCUUCUCGAGCCUGACGACGUCGGAGGCGUCGACGCUGAUGGGCUGCUACGUCUCGGCCGGCUGCACAGAGGACGAGGCCCGUUCCAGGGCGUCGGGGGCUCAGGACCGGUGCACCGACCUGUUCCCAGAUGACCGGGAGCUGCGCAUGCGUCGUGGCCGACGCGGCUACGCGGACGCGGCGUUGAGCGCCAUCCCCACGCAGACGGUGGGCUCGUCUCCUAACCCGGCCGUGGGCGCCAUCAACACGGCCGACCUCGUCUUCUCGGACCACAACAAGCGCCACAACCUCAUCUUCGUGCGGUCUGCUACGUCGGGCGAUGCCUGCCUGACGACAUCUUCGACCAGCACCAAGAUCUGCGACGUGACCACCUCGACCGACGGCAACAUCGCCACCGGUACCUGCAGCAGCACCCUCGUCCCCGUCUCCAAGUGCGCCGAAGGCAUGACCUGCUCCUUCGACAACUCGGGAAACAACAUCUGCAUGGAACUCCAGAACAGCCUCGACCUGGCCGGCAUCAUCAUCUCCGUCGCCUUCGGCAUCGGCAUCGCCCUGGCCGUCGCCACGCUCACCUACCUCUGCUGUCAGGACCGCAAGGAGCAGAAGCGUCUGGCCGCCAAGGCAGAGGCCACCGCCCUCGCCCGCGCCGCCACCAAGAAGAAGAAGGCUGCCCGUGCCCAGGAGCAGCGCGCCCCUCUCAUCUCCGAUCGUCGCUCCCCCAGCCCUGGCGUCGGUCCCAACGACCCCUUUCACGACAACAACCGCCAGUAG